GUUGUCACAACUCACGCAAAAAGGUAAUCACAAAUUAACAAAAAAGGCGAUUAAAAAAGAAUAAAAAUAAAAAUGGACGCCGAAGAGGGUUUGAUUAUUCUCAACAAGCAGAAGCAGGCCGAACAGGCCGCCUUGGAGGCCCAGCAGGUGCACAUUCGUGUGCAGCAGCGUGCGGGGAAGAAGUCGGUGACGACCAUCCAGGGCCUCAACCCCGGGCUCAACUUCAAUCGCAUUAAUCGGGAAUUUCAGCGGCGCUGGGGCUGCAACGGAACGUUGAUUAAGACCGCGAAUGCCGGGACCGUGAUCCAGCUUCAGGGGAACUGGAGUGAGAAUAUUAAGCAGUUCCUACUCGAUGAGCACAUGGCGACGGAAACUAAUUUGAAGAUCCACUCUCUGUAAAAUGAAAUACUUCUAUAUGUAUUUUAUUUUAUCCAUAAAAUAAUAGGUUUCUCUACGUAGAAGGCAUUGGCUUUGGUACCGAGUUUUUUGGUCGUAGUCCGUGCAUGGUUGUUUAGGCGUGUAUUAGGGAAAAGUGUAUUCGAGGCUAGUUACCUUGUCUUUGGUGUUCCAAGACUAAAGUUGCUUAAAGAAUAAUGUUGUGGUACACGCUUAAUCAGUUAAUAAAUUUUGUGAAUUUAAGAUAAAUUGACCGUAUUCCAUAAUAAAAAAGUGCACAAUCACUCAAGCUGUAUUUUAUUUUGUGCCUCAGUGUGUGUAUUCAUAUUUUGUACUCCAUGUUUCACCAUGGUAACUUUUUCCAGGAA